CUGCCUUUUUUCCCUUCUUUGCAGCUCGAACGGCACCACAAGACAUUGCUCUCAAUUUCACUUUCUUCGUGUUAGUUGCUCCGAUCAUCCUCUUUUCUAAUUACCAUCACACCUUCCGGGAAGAUCAAACCCGAUAACUCAGUUUCUUAAACCCCUAUAUUUCCCCCAAUUCGCUUUUGUAUUGCUCCGUCAUCAAGAUUGUCGGAGAAAACCCUAAUUUUGGUUGCCCACUUUUGGAAAAUUCAUUCAUCCUUUCGCUUACUCUGAGAACUUUGGUGUAUUUAUAAUGCGAUAUACAGUUUGAGAUAUGAAUACUGAUUGAAUGACGAAUUUCGAAGCUCUUGAUUUGAAAGAAGAGUCCGAUGUUCCUGAACCUGCUGUUAGAAUUAUGAGCAAGGUAGAAAACUUGAAUGAUACCGUUGACCAGUGUACAUUCAUGGAGACUAAACAAUUCCCUGAACCCGAUUUAGAAAAAAUUGAAGAUGAGGCAAUACCUGAUUCAGUUGAUGCUAUUAGUGUCAUCCAAGAACUUCCUGUAUGUCAUUCAGGAUCUGGAAUUAAUUUAUCUGGACCAGAUGUUAAUGCAGUCCCUGAAGCAGAGAUUCUUGUAUGCACUUCAUCAGCUUUACCUAGCAACUGCAACUUAAAUUCAUCAGAGCCUGAUGAAGCAGCUAAUGUGGAUCCACAUGAACAUGGAAAUCUGUAUCAGAGAUCUUUAUCAACUUCUUGUGGUAUUGCUGAAGAUGAUGGUGUUUUCUUCGGAUCACCUUCAGAUCAUUGCACGGAUGAAUUGGAAAUGGACACCGAAGAUUUAGCAGUCAUCUUCUAUCCUGAUCAUAUGGUGUAUGGUGAUAGUUAUUGUACAGAUUGUGUUUUAACUUUCACUAGCAGUUGCAUCAAAAUAGAGGGUUCAGGUUCAACUGUAGAUGGAGAUGACAAAAUCUUUAAAUUACAGUGGGAUAUUCAGGAUUUAGUUCAUAUCAAAUCUCAUUGGUAUGAGCUGGUUGAGAUGGCAAUGGUGACAAUUCAUGUACUUACUGAAGAUACAUUACAGCCUGAAAAUGUUGAAUGCACUUCAGGUGCUGAAUUGAAGUUUGCAAUCAUGGGCACCAACUGGUUUGGGAAACAAGAAGCAAUCACAACUUUAAAUGUUGCAUACAAAACUUUAUGGAGCAGUAUGCUUGAGUUAGAGGACACUGUUCUUGGACAAAUCAAAGCACCUUUUACAAAGUAUUUUCCCAAUUUUGACCAGCCUUUUGAAGAAGUUAUAUAUCCAAAAGGAGAUGUUGAUGCUGUUUCCAUUAGUAAGAGAGAUGUUGAUUUGCUGCUACCAGACACUUUUGUCAAUGACACUAUCAUUGACUUUUAUGUCAAAUACUUGAAGAACAAAAUCAGGCCUGAAGAAAGACAGAGGUUUCAUUUUUUCAAUAGUUUUUUCUUCCGGAAGCUAGCUGACCCAGAAAAAGAACCUCUUGAUGCCCUUGAAGGGAAAACAGCUUUUCAACGCGUAAGAAAGUGGACACGAAAAGUUAAUCUUUUUGAGAAAGAUUUUGUCUUUAUUCCUGUAAAUUACAACUAUCAUUGGAGUCUUAUCGUGAUGUGUCAUCUUGGGGAAGUCGCGACAUACAAGGAUGAAGAAGAUGUUACUGAGUUGCUUAAAGUGCCAUGUGUUCUGCAUAUGGAUCCUAUCAGAGGUAGUCAUACUGGCUUGAAAGGUCUUAUGCAAAGCUAUCUGAAAGAAGAGUGGAAAGGGAGGCAGCAGGAGGCAUCUGAAGAUAUAUCUUCAAGAUUCGAUAAUCUACGCUUUAUUUCACUUGAGUUACCACAGCAGCCGAAUUCAUUCGACUGUGGUUUAUUCUUACUCCAUUAUGCAGAACUUUUCUUGGAGCAAGCCCCGAUUAAUUUUAAUCCAUUUAAAAUCACAAAAAGUGUCCACUUUCUAAAUGCGGAUUGGUUUCCACCUGCUGAUGCAUCCUUGAAAAGGGUGGUUAUUCAGAGACUGGUGUAUGAUCUCCUACAACAACCUUAUGAUGAAGCUGAAGCUCCAUCAUCCAUGGCUGCUGCCAAUAAAGUGGCGACAGCUGUCAAUUUCUUUGGAGAGAUACACAGACACAACAGUCCUUCAAGAAAUGGUCAAACUUCUCAAGCAGCAGAUGCUGAUGAUGGAAUUGAAAUUUCAUUGUUGCCAUCAUUAUCUAUAACAAGUGAUGUGGAAGUGGAUCCCACCAUAUCUUCAAAACCCGGAUUUGAACAAGGAUCCUUUUUGGCCAUGCGGUUUCCAUCUUUUAACGAGACAACAUUUGAUGGCUACAAAGAUCCCCUCAUGCCACCAAUCCAGGAAGAUGUGGAAACCAGUGUUGGAGAAUUUGUUUAUGCUCCGACAGGAAUCGGAAUCGGAAUUGGAAUUGGAAUCGGACAAGAGAACGGAAUCACACCCGAAGUCUCAAGUUUGCAAUAUUCAUCUCAAGACUUUGAGCAUCAAAACAACAAGUUUGAAACAUCGCCGGAAACAUCAAUUUCUGGGUGUGAAGAUUCAUUGGAAAUCAUGAAUGGGAGGAGCAAUGGCAAUGGAAUUGAUGAACAACAACUCAACUUCAAAGAGAUAAGAGACGAACAAAGAUUGCCAUUGAUGGAGCCUGUCGAGAUGCUCGAUGGAAACAUUGAUGCCGAUGCCGGUGGUCUUACUUUCUCUUUACACCAUCGUUCUGAAAUGGAAACGGAAACGGAAACGAACGGAUGUACUGGUUCCGGUGAGUCCUCUGGAAUGGAAUCGGAUGAACAGCAUCCUGCCAAAAGGAUGCGGACAACGGAAUCGUUUGUUGAAGGUGGGUCCGCUUGUAAUUGAAUCUAGUGUUAAUUUGGGGUCUAUCUUGGAAGAGUCGAGAUAUGUAGAAGCAAUUAGAAAGCACAUUCAAAACUCAGAACGCAUAUAUUGUUACUUAGAUUUGAUAUUCUAUUUCAUGGUGUCACUUUUAUUUUGGAA